AUCAGCAGGAACAUGAGCAACUCGUCCCUACCCACAACUGAAGAGUUCUGCUUCGAGAACCUGAACGGGUCAUGCGUGAAAGCUCCCUACUCCUUGGCUUCACGGGUGCUCCUCUACACGGUGUUCGGCUUUGGGUCCCUGCUGGCUGUGUUCGGGAACCUCCUGGUGAUGAUUUCAAUCCUCCACUUCCGACAGCUGCACUCCCCCACCAACUUCCUCAUCGCCUCUCUGGCCUGUGCCGACUUUCUGGUGGGGGUGACCGUGAUGCCCUUCAGCAUGGUCAGGUCCGUGGAGAGCUGCUGGUAUUUUGGGAGAAGUUUCUGCACUUUCCACACGUGCUGUGAUGUGGCCUUUUGCUAUUCUUCUCUGUUCCACCUGUGCUUCAUCUCCAUCGACAGGUACAUUGCGGUCACAGACCCUCUAGUGUAUCCCACCAAGUUCACGGUGUCUGUGUCAGGAAUUUGCAUCAGCAUCUCCUGGAUCCUGCCCCUGGUGUACAGUGGAGCUGUAUUUUACACUGGUGUCUAUGACGAUGGGCUGGAGGAGUUAUCCAAUGCUGUUAACUGUAUAGGAGGUUGUCAGACAGUUGUAAAUCAGAACUGGGUGUUGAUAGAUUUUCUGUCCUUCUUUAUACCUACCUUAGUGAUGAUUAUUCUCUAUGGUAAUAUUUUUCUGGUGGCUAGACAGCAAGCUCAAAAAAUUGAAAAUAUUGGCAGCAAAACAGAAUCAUCUUCAGAAAGCUACAAAGCCAGAGUGGCCAAGCGAGAGAGAAAAGCAGCUAAAAUCUUGGGCAUCACUGUGGUAGCAUUUAUGAUUUCAUGGUUACCCUAUAGUAUUGAUUCGUUAGUUGAUGCCUUUAUGGGCUUCAUAACCCCUGCCUAUAUUUAUGAGAUCUGUGUUUGGUGUGCUUAUUAUAACUCAGCCAUGAAUCCUUUGAUUUAUGCUUUAUUUUACCCAUGGUUUAAAAAAGCUAUAAAAAUUAUUUUGAGUGGUCAAGUUUUAAGAAACAGUUCAGCAACCAUGAAUUUGUUCUCUGAGCAAGCAUAA